AUUCACGGGGCUGCCCGCCUGCACGCGACCAGCCUCAUUCACAGAAACUUCAUUCAUAAAGCGGCGGCGGCGGCAGCGGCGGGGCCCGGGGCUGCGGGGUCGUCUGGGUGCGGUGCGUGUGCGGUGCUGCUUGCCCCUGGCUCUGCGGGAGCCGGGGGGCGCAGGAAUAUUGGGUUGUUUCCGGAUUAUGGUGCUGAAGGACUUUCCAGCGAGAACUAAUGAGACUGACGCUGCUGAGAGCUGCUGGCGCUGUUCAGUAUUUUACUUAAAAUAGUGGGGUUUGUGCCUGGCCGCGGGGCAGCAGCGUUGCCGCGCAGGGAUGCUCUUCGCCUUUGGGGCAGCCGACGAUAGAAACGCAGAGAGCUGGGCACCCUACGGGUUCUGUGCUGGUCUGAAAAUGUGUUUAAGCUUGUAGCUGUCUCUCUGCUUUGUGUGGAAUAUGCUUAAGCUUUCGCUGCAGCCGGGACUCCGCAGUUAAGGAUGCUACAACUGUGUCUUCAGAGCCAGGUGGGAUUUAGAGCCUGGCUUGAGGCAGGAAUGAAAGCGGGUUUGGAUAGCGGCUCUUCCGCUUGAGCUGCUCUACCACUGAUGUGCUUUCCUGUAUGCUGCUUUUAUUGCUGCUUACAAAAUACCAGAUGCCCAUGCAGUUUUAAGCCUCGUCCAUUGAAGAAAAUCCACUCGAGAGGGAGUCAGCAAAAAUAUCCAAUAGGUUUCUGUUUUCAAAUUUAUUUGACUUGCCUCCGUAUCAUCUCUCUGUAAGAGCCAAUUUAUGCCAGAGUAUCCAGUUACAGAACUGCCAAGGCUAUGAGAGAACGCAGCCAGCAGAGCCUCGGUGGACAAGUCCUGUAUGUAGGGUUAUUCAGACAUCCAGGAAUGCUGCACAGGGCUAAGUACAGCCGCUUCAGGAAUGAUUCCAUAACAUCCCUGGACGAAGGUGCGCAAAAUACCUCUUUAAAUAUCAAAGGUUCUUCCUCCUCUGAUCAUUCUUCAACACCUAAUUUACUGACAGAAGAUGUCUCCUUGGGGCCACAGGACACCUGCACCACGCUGUGCACGCUGAUCCCCCGGAUGGCUAACAUUAAACUUGCCAACCCAUCAAAUCUGCCAGGGCUGAAAAACUUCUGUCUGGGAACAAAAGAGGUGCCAAGAAUUAAACUCACAGAGUGUGUGACCAUCCCCAGCAGCCCAACCUCACCUGAGAUCAGCUGCCUCUCAGCCUCUUACCCACAGCCCAACCUGGACAAGCUGGCCCUGACCCCAAAGCCAUUGGGUGACAGUGCCAUGCGGGGAGCUGAAGAGGCUGCUCCUGUGGGCAGGCAGGACAGGAGUGCUGUGCAGAGUGGUGAAAGUGUGGGGGAGCCAGGAGUGACCUACAGCGUGCGGUACAUGGGCUGUAUUGAAGUGCUGCAGUCAAUGAGGUCCCUGGACUUUGGCACACGAACACAAGUCACCAGGGAAGCAAUAAGCCGACUGUGUGAAGCUGUAUCAGGUACAAAUGGAGCUAUAAAAAAGCGGAAGCCUCCAGUGAAGUUUCUGUCUUCUGUACUUGGCAAAAGUAACCUUCAGUUUUCUGGCAUGAAUAUAAAGCUGACCAUUUCAACAAGCAGCCUCACUUUGGUUAAUGUUGACACACAGCAGAUUAUUGCCAACCAUCACAUGCAGUCCAUCUCAUUUGCUUCUGGAGGUGACCCAGAUACAACAGACUACGUUGCAUAUGUAGCAAAAGAUCCUGUUAAUCAGAGAGCAUGCCACAUACUGGAAUGUCCCAAUGGGAUGGCUCAGGAGGUGAUCAACACCAUAGGACAGGCUUUUGAGCUCAGGUUCAAACAGUACCUGAAGAACCCAUCAAGCCUGGUGACAUCUAAUGAAAGCGAGGCAGCAAAUGCUAAUGGAUCAGCUGGGAAUUCACAGGAGAGGGAGGAUCAUGAAUAUUACAACGAAAUUCCAGGGAAAGAGCCUCCCACUGGUGGAGUGUUAGACAUGCGAAUGAAAGUGCAAACAGACCAAAGGGCUAAGUGUCUUGUACAGUGCAGGAAGCAGUGUUGCUUGACAGGCAGCCCAACAUUCAUCAGUAUAUAUGAAAAUUGCCCAGAAGAACACAAAACAGUGGGUAAUUGUGAAAGAUUACGGAAGACAAAAGAGGCAACAUUAUUGAAGCCUGCCUACAAAACAGAUCUUUUUGAUGAUCCCUGUUACAUCAACACACAGACCCUACAGCCUGCAGUCUGUGCAGCCCGUGGUACAGCAGCAACACAGAUCCAUGGGAGCCCAGUGCGUCAGGCCAAGUUACUGGAAGCUGUUCAGCAGAAUGCCACAAGCAACACAGCUGGUCUCUGUGUUCUGCCACAAAUAAAGCAACAGCUAAAGAAUGAAGAUUGUUACCAUGGCAAAUUAAACAGGAAAGCAGCAGAGAGCCUCUUAGUCAAUGAUGGGGACUUUCUGGUGAGAGAGAGCACAACGUCACCUGGUCAGUAUGUCCUCAGUGGGCUUCAGGGAGGGCAAGCAAAGCAUCUGCUCUUGGUGGAUCCUGAGGGCAAGGUGAGAACCAAAGACCAUGUAUUUGAUAGUGUGGGUCAUCUUAUCCAGUAUCACAUGGAAAAUAAUUUGCCAAUCAUCUCUUCUGGAAGUGAAGUGAGCUUGAAGCAGCCUGUAAGGAAGGAGAGUAAUGUGGGACAGAUGCAGUACCACAAAUAAUCCCUUGGAUAUCACAGAUCCUGAGACAAUAUCUGAAACUGUAUCGUGGACUUUCUAUUAUGACAACAGUUCAAAAAAGCAUAGACUGCACUUUCUGCUGCUGUUCCAGAAGAUACCCUUGUGUGUGUGUAUGUAUGAAUAUAUGUAUAUGUGUAUAUCUAUGUAGAUCCAUGGAGAUCAACAAGCAUAGUUAUAUAGAUACAUAUAAUCUUAAUGAAAUUACACCUUCAGAGUGUGAGAUUCAUUUGUGAGAAGAUAUUUUAGACAUGCACAAAUGUCACUUUUAAGGUCACACUGAACCAGUAACUAUUUAAAAGCACAAUUAAACCUCUACAUACAAAAGCUCACUUGAACAAACUGCUGGAACAUUAGUAUGUGCCUUUUAGCAUAGAAUUAUUGGAAACUGAUAUUAUUUAUACUGAAAUAGUUUGGGGCAGUUAAAAAACGUGUCUAAGCUUUU